UUGAACAAUUCUGACUGCAGAGAGGGGGACGCGGAGACGCGCGUCGUUCCGUCAAUAGGUUUAUUUGCAUAGCCGAGCAUACGCCACGGUACACAUGCUGGGGCAACGAACAGUGAAGACACUACAGACAGACCGGUCAAUACCGACAACUUAAAGGAUAAAAUAAUGCCGUGCCGCGACUAGGCUGGACGGCUAGCGGUGCAUCUCUGAGAGACGCUGAGGGAAACGGCAGGGUGUCCUCCCUCCCAUUUCCACGUUUACAUUUGAGCCUGUCCUCACUCUCUGUUGUGUUUCUUUGGACAUGUCCUCGCUAAAUAUAGACUACGACGAAGACCAGAGAUGGGUUCCUACACACGUCCAGGUCACCGUUCUGCGGGGCAGGGGCUUGCGGGCGAAGGGCAAACACGGUACCAGCGACGUCUACACCAUUAUCCAGGUGGGCAAGGAGAAAUACUCCACUUGUGUUCUGGAAAAGACCACUGUUCCCGAAUGGAAGGAGGAAUGUUCUUUCGAGUUGUUACCGGGUGUUCUGGAGCAGGUUGGGGACGGGGGCGCAUACCCUCCCGGGAGCAGCGACUUGGUCCUGACGGUGAUGCACCGGGCGCUCAUGGGACUGGACGUGUUUCUGGGCCAAGCCGUGAUCCCUCUGGAUAAGGUGUUUCAGGACAGAAUAUGCAUGAAAAACGAGUGGUACAAGCUGAACUCCAAGACUGGGAAGAAGGAGAAAGAGCGAGGGGACAUUCAGGUGACGGUGCAGUUCACCAAAAACAACCUGACAGCCAGCAUGUACGACCUCUCCCUGGGUAAGGACACGCCCCGGUCCACCUUCGGCAAGAUCAAGGACCGUAUUAAGGGCAAGAAGAGGAGCAGCAAGGACACGGAUGAAGACUCCGCCUCCACUAUUGGGGGCGGCUACGGCCCCGUUUCCCGCAUGAGGAACCGGUUGCCGAGCGAUGGCGGCGGGGAGGAAGACUACGAGGACGAUGAAGGGGGGGAGGGGCGGAGGAGUAAGAUGAGGAACUUCUUCUUGCGAGGGAAACUGAGGAAGUCGUCCGAUACGAGGUCGAGCACGUCGCUAGGGUCGGAGAGUAGUGAGUCGUCGUCGAGGGGAGGGAGUCUCAGUCCCACCGCUGGGAUCUCUGUAGUGGUGUCUGACCUGUCUAACUCGCCUAGCAACAGCAGCAACUUCACAGCAGACAGCCCUGAUCAUACGGCAGAGUCGUCUCCCAAGCUGGCCUCCUAUACAUGUGAGUUCACUGACGAGUCUGGAGAGAUCAACAUCCCUGUGCCUCAGCCUGUCUGCAUCAAUGGAAGCCAUGUGUACAACACCUCCUUGGACCCUUGCCCGGGGAACCCUGUAGUACCCUUAGAUCCUCUAGCCCUGGUGAAGAAGAACCUGCCUCUGUCCCAAUCCCUCCAGAACCUCAACCAGCGGAGAGAGGAGCUCCCUGUCCUCCUCCCUAAAGGUCCCGCUGCGGAUGGCCGGCGCUGGUCCUUUGACAAGGCAGGGAAGGAGGAGAAGGUGGCCAUUGCAGCGGCCCUGGAGCAGGCUGGCCAGGGGAUGGGUGAGGGGGCCAGGGAGUCGGACAGAGACAGCCGGAGCAGGAACUGUCUGGAUGAGUCUGAACAGGCCUCGAACUCUGACUCUGGCCCGGGCGAGAAACACAAAGGAUGGUUUGGAUCAAAGGACAACCAUAACAAACCCAGCCCGGUGGUGUCACCUAUCUCAGGCUCUCACCUCAUCCCCCAUACCCCUGGUCUCACCCCCCUUACCCCUGGUCUGCUGUCCUGGGGCCCCCCUCACCUCCCUGUAGAUCCUAACUCACUGGGCACCCCACUCCAUCACACUAACCCCUUCAGCCCGUCUCCUCCCCUCAUGUCUCCCUCCAACCCGUUCCUCUCUCUCCUCCAGUGUAACCCUUUCUACGAGGAGCUCCUAGCUGACCAAGCUCUAAACCUUAACUCUGCCCAGCCCCAUCUGCCUCCCUGUUGUUCUAGCUUUACCUCCUAUAUCUCAGUAGCACCCCAAACCUGGUCUACCAACCCUAACCCCGUACCCAUCCUGCCCCCAACCCAAGACAGCCCAGUCACACCAGACUGCACUAACACUGGUAUGAAGGAACAAAGAGCCUCCCUGAAACUCCCUCCAGAAGAGAAGAGCGCCAACACUAAGGAUGAAGAAGAAGAAGAAGAAGCAGUCACACCAGACUGCACUAACACUGGUAUGAAGGAACAAAGAGCCUCCCUGAAACUCCCUCCAGAAGAGAAGAGCGCCAACACUAAGGAUAAAGAAGAAGAAGAAGAAGCAGUCACACCAGACUGCACUAACACUGGUAUGAAGGAACAAAGAGCCUCCCUGAAACUCCCUCCAGAAGAGAAGAGCGCCAACACUAAGGAUGAAGAAGAAGAAGAAGAAGCAGUCAAAACGAGCCAGAGACCGCUCCCUCCGCUCCCAAAGACUGAGACGGUGCCCUCUGCUAACUCUCCCCUCUGUGAGGAAGACAUGUCCUAUGCUAAGGCUGAGACUGCAUCAUUCUACUCUGCCACUGGCCCAGACAACAUGGCUGCUUUAGACUUGAUGGGGGAGUUCUCUGACGAUCGAUGCUGGGCCACUUGUGAUGAUGUCAUCCGGUCAGACACAAUAGAUCGAGCCACAUCCCAUCUGGGAGCCACCUGUGUUGUUAAAGAGAAGACCACAUCCCCUGAAGCAAGGAUAGACUGGCCAAUCGGCAUGGACUUAGAAUCAUAUAACUCCAAUGCACUUCUACACUCUGUCAGGUCUCAAGCUCACAGUCCACUAAAAACAGUUCAGUCCACUACUGGGACAUCUAGUGGUGAGAAGGUCAAUGAAGACAUUGAGGAUUACAGAUCAGAGGACCAAUACUCAGAACACCCUCGUUUGGAGUCCGUUGUACAUUCUCUCUCAGAAGAACACCCUCUCCAACGGUCCCUCUCAGAGGGCACAAGGAGGAACAGCGUUGAGGACCUGACUCUGUCGUUCGGCAGCGACCCUGGCGUUGUAACCCUGGGGUCGUCGUCCUUUGUCCAGCAGCAUGACACUUCUGACCUCCUCGCUACCUCCUCCUUCUCCGCUCCUUCCUCUCUAACUGCUGAACGUAACACAUCUUCCCCUCCAGCUCUCUCCUCUCUCCCUGCCCCGCCCCCUGCUACUGUGAGGUCAUCAGUAAGCACUGUCUCGGCCGCAACCCUUUUCUCCACUGCACAGCCAGUGAUUGGUGCAUCGCAUGCUGGCAUGCCCCAGGAGACACAUCCGCCAGCCAAUCAGCAGAUCAGUCCUCACCCAGUGAAGCCCCUGACCCCAGAGGAGAAGAGGCGGGCGGAACUUUCUGAGGGGCGGUCGGUGCUGGACAAACUCAAGUCCUCUAUUCACCCGGGGAGGAGCAGCCAGCCCACCGAGCAGCAGCCUGAGAAGAAAAAGUCUCUGACGGAAGGAGCUGGGCCUUACUACCACCUGACCCACAGUGAGCUGGUCGCCCUCCUCCUCCAACGGGAGGCAGACCUACACCGGCAGAGGGUGGAGUUUGACCGCCAGAGGGCGUUGCUAGCGAAGCGGGAGGCGGAGUUGAAGAAGAUGAAGCCUCAGGUUAGGGAUCUGGAGGACUACAUAGAUACGCUGCUGGUUCGCAUUAUGGAGCAGACUCCCACCAUCCUGCAGGUCGGCACCAAGCUCAAGUGACCGAGAGAGGGACUGAUGGAAUGGGGUUCACAGUUUGCUUCCAGAAGAGCACUUCAUUUCACCUAAAGGAGAUUGGGACACAUGAAGAAAACGUCAAGCCAUUGUCCCGUUAUUCUGCCACAGGACACUUUGCUUUGUUGCAACGUUAUUUAGUUGUUGUUUAGUUCAUCACACAAGAAGAAACCCCACUGUGUGCAUACUAACAGGUUAUGAGCAGAAACCCCACUGUGUGCAUACUAACAGGUUAUGAGCAGAAACCCCACUGUGUGCAUACUAACAGGUUAUGAGCAGAAACCCCAUUGUGUGCAUACUAACAGGUUAUGAGCAGAAACCCCACUGUGUGCAUACUAACAGGUUAUGAGCAGAAACCCCACUGUGUGCAUACUAACAGGUUAUGAGCAGAAACCCCAUUGUGUGCAUACUAACAGGUUAUGAGCAGAAACCCCACUGUGUGCAUACUAACAGGUUAUGAGCAGAAACCCCAUUGUGUGCAUACUAACAGGUUAUGAGCAGAAACCCCAUUGUGUGCAUACUAACAGGUUAUGAGCAGAUGAUGAUUACCUGUGGAAUGCCAAAAAGCCAAACCUUGAACCCUAAUGAACAUAUGGAGGUUUGAUUCACUGUAGUUAUUGUGAAGCCACUGUUGCUAAAUGGGUUCCAGUCUGUUGAGCUGUCAUUCCCUUUCCUUGUCAUAGUGGAAUGUCAGCACAAAGGGACUGGAUUUCUCCAGGCUAAACUGUUACAGCAUUUCUAGAUGUUCUUGCACUACCCUCCUCUUCAGAAGCGUAGAAAUAGAAUGGUCAGAACAUACAGAGCCUUAAGAAAGUAUUCAAUCUUCGAUCUUGAUUUGGUAAGUGUUGAACCCGAUUACAGCUGGGAGUCUUUGAGUCUCUAAAAGCUUUUCACACCUGGAUUGUUCAGCAUUUUGCUCAUUAUCCUUUUAAAAACUCUUCAAGCUCUGUCAAGUUGGUUGUUGAUCAUUGCUAGACAACCAUUUAUGUCUUGCCAUAGAUUUCCAAGCUUGAUUUAAGUAAAAUGUUUAACUUGGCCACUCAGGAACCUUCAGUGUCGUCUUGGUAAUCAAGUCUUGUAGAUUUGGCCUUGUGUUUUAGGUUAUUUUCCUGCUGAAAGGUGAAUUAAUCCCCCAGUGUCUGUUGGAAAGCAGACUGAACCAGAUUUUCCUCUAAGAUUUUGCCUGUUUUAGCUCUAUUCUGUACAUUUUUAUCCUGAAAAACUCCCCAGUCCUUAUCGAUGACAAGCAUACCCAUAACAUGAUGCGGACACCACUUUGCUUGAAAAUAUAAAGAGUGGUACUCAGUGAUGUGUUGGAUUUUCCCCAAACGUACCGCUUUUUAUUCAGAACAAAACUUUUGUUUCUUUACCAAUUUGUUUGCAGUAUUACUUUAGUGCCUCAUUGCAAACAGGAAGCAUGUUUUGAAAUGUGUUCUAUUCUCUACACACUUCCUUCUUUUCACUCUGUCAGUUAGUAUUGUGGAGUUACUACAAUUGUUGUUGAUCCAUCCUCAGUUCUCCUAUCACAGCCAUUAAACUCUUUUAAAAUCACAUUGGCCACAUGGUGAAAUCACUGAGCGGUUUCCUGAAUUGGAAAACCUCCCUAGUCUUUGUGGUUGUAUCUGUGUUUGAAAUUCACUUCUCAAAUUUCUUUUUAAAUUUUUCCUUUAUUUAACUAGGCAAGUUAGUUAAUUAAGAACAGAUUUGUAUUUACAA